AGAGAUGGGUUUCAAACAUGCAACCGAAGAGGAAAGAAGAAAUACGGUGGAAAAAAUUCUUUGGCGAUUGAUUUAUAAGUAAAGUCAUAGAGGUAGAUAAGCUGAGUCAGGACCUACCUCUGAAUCCGGACCUGCCUCUGAGUCCGGACCUCCUUCUGAGUCCGGAUCGGCCUAUGGACCUGCCUCUGAGUCCGAACCUCCCUCUGAGUGUGGAUCUGCCUCUGAGUAUGGACCCGCCUCUGAGUCGGGACCGACCUCAGAGUCCGGACCUGCCUCUGAAUCAUGACCUGCCUCUGAGUCGGGACUUUCCUCUGAGUCUGGACCGGCCUCUGAGUCUGGACCUGCCUCCGAGUUGGGACCGACCUCUGAGUAUGGACCUGCCUCUGAGUCGGGACCCUCCUCUGAGUCGGGACCGGCCUCUGAGUCAGGACUGGACUCUGAGUAAGGACCUGACUCCAAGUCAGGACUGUCCUCCGAGUCAGGACCUGCCUCCCGGUCAGGACCUGCCUCCGAGUCAGGACUGUCCUCCGAGUCAGGACCUGCCUCCAGAUCAGGACCUGCCUCCAAGUUAAGACCAUACUCCGAGUGAGGACUGGCCUCCGAGUCGGGACCUGCCUCUGAUUCCGGACCGGCCUCUGAGUCCGGACAUGCCUCUGAGUCGGGACCGACCUCUGAGUCCGGACCUGCCUCUGAGUCGGGACCAUCCUCUGAGUCGGGACCAGCCUCUGAGUCUGGACAUGCCUCCGAGUCAGGACGGACCUCUGAGUAUGGACCUGCCUCUGAGUGAUCUAGUUUUGGAAGACAUUGAAUCGAUAGACUUCGAAGACCAUGACAAGAAUGAAGAACCUGAGAUAAAGUCUGCUGUUGAGGUGAAGCCUGCUGUAGAGAUAAAGCCUGAUGUCAACAGAAACAGUGUGUCGUGUUGAAGGGACACUCUCCAGCAGAGAGGAUGCACAAUGCGCCAUAUUUGGGAGCACAAAAAUAUUCCCAAUGCAGACAAACCUUGGUGCUGAAAGCAGGACAAAAAAAAACAAGAUUUGGUCUUUUUGAAUUUGCUGGAACUGGAGUCAAGUGAGGACCUCCCUCCGAGUGAGGACCAUCCUCCGAGUCCGGACCUGACUCCAGUUCAGGAUCUGCCUCCAAGUCAGGACCGUCCUCUGAGUCAGGAGUGGGCUCUGAGUCAGAACCUGACUCCAAGUCAGGACCGUCCGCCGAGUCAGGACGGGCUUCCAGAUCAGGACCAGCCUCCAGAUCAGGACCUGCCUCCAAGUUAAGACCAUCCUCCGAGUGAGGACCUGCCUCUGAGUCAGGACCUAAGUGUUUUCAAAAAACUAUUUUCUAAUUUUUUUAUUUUUUAUUUUGUUUGUAUGUCAGGAGGUCUGCUUGCACCCCUCAGCAAUAAUAUUUAGCUAAAUAUAAUAAUUUAGCAAAAAUAACCUAGUCUGGCUGUCCUCAGACUCUCAGAGCCUCCAUGUUGUUCAGACACCGGGUCCAUGGUGAGGACGAGGGGGGAGGAUCUGUGCCCUCCAACUAUCAAAUUAUGGGCAAGAAUAUUUUUUAUACACUGGUGUGUGGAAAAAAAACGUAGGUCUGAUGAAGUUAGAAAAACGGCUCUAUUUUCUACUCUAUUUAUUUUUGUAAUUGUCCUCACUAUAGCGGGAAAAAACCUGCCUUCGCCCCUCAACACAGAAACACUUCAGAUGCAGAGAAAACUUCUGACUUUAACUUAGUCAGGCUGCUAAAUGCCCGGUUCGCUACAAGCAUUCUUAGUCGGUGUACCGACUGAUAAAAAGAAUGUCUGUCUUUAUAUCAGAUAUCCUGGUAUAAAGACACGGUACUGCGACGGUCACCGUGAGUGGCGACGUAGCUCAAAGCCCCGGUACCACCCGGUACCACCUGCUCUCUGUUCGCUCUGCUUCUACUUAGAGUUUCUACCCAGGCGGGUUAAAGCCGCAGCUGACGGGAUCUGGGCUGGAGGUGAGCGGCUGUAAAUUGAAGUUAUUGCAGAAUCUCAAGUAUUAAAGGAAGAUUCGGCCCAGAGCAUUUAGAAUUGACAAAAUAAACAUCAGCGAAAAUAUUGCAGCAAUAAUUAGAACCGCAGUAUUAAGCCAAACAUGCCACAAUUAAAUAAAUCAAAAUGUCCCUAAAGCAUCGGAGGACUGGUUUGGGGCUACCGGGGGACAGAUGUGCAUCGCAGCGGCUGUUGAUGAAGGGCCGGCCCAAGGUAAUAUGGGGUCUUAGACAGAUCCCCCCCACCCCCUUUCCUACUAAGAACCUCAGCAUCACUGUGUUAUAAAAACACAGUUUGUGGCAUUCUGUCAUCAUCUACUCACCCCAUGGGUUUUAAGAGGCCCUUUCAACUUUCAGACAGAAGCUGUCAAGUUUACCGACAUGUCUUGUCCUGUUCUGCACUACUCUUGCACUUUGUUGCUUUGUGCAUUUUGCAUUAAGGAACCAUUCAAACUGGGUCGAAGGCUGUUAAUGAUAGUUAAAAUCCCCAAAUUAUAAAAAUGUAUGUUUCAUUCUUAAAAUAGCACUUGCAGUUAUAUGUUUAAUAAGCCUAAAUAAAUUGAAACAAUUUUGUAAAGGGGACUCGGGACAACAUUUCACCAAAGUGGUUUGUAUCCAUUGUGACUUCGCUAUGGAGUGAAAAUAGAUCGUUUUACACACGCACAGAUAUUUUGAGACUAUUUUCACGCCAUACUUCGUUGAUUAAGUAUUAUACUUCUAGAUCUCCCUUUAUGCAUGUUAAAGCCCCAGGGGAAGGUCCAGGCAUUUUCAUUGCUCCCUGACCGCCCUUGGCUACUUGAACAACCAAUGAAGUCCCAAAGUCAUUAUGCCCCUUCUCAGUUAUAUUCAUCUUUAAAGGUAAGUUUUCAUAUAAUAU